CACAAAUUUCUCGAAGCUGCAUAACAAUGGCGAUCCGCAUAUCUCCACCAACAAUUACAUCAUCGUUCUAUCAUCUUUCCUCAAUUUCUCCUUUCCAAUCUCCUCACUCACUAUCGCAUCCAUCUAUCUCAUCUCCGACCACCACCACCACCACCACCGUACGUUCCCUAAAUUUACAUCAAAGCAGAAAAAAUCCAACUGCUCUUGUCCCAAAAGCUUCUUCCACCGCCGAAUUCUCCCCUGAAAUCGCUGAUGUACUCGGAGAUGUCAACAUCUUCACCGCUUCCGGAGACUCCGUCGCCUUCAAUCAACUCUGGGAUCAAUCUGAGGGCAUUGCUGUUGUUGCUCUUCUAAGGCAUUUUGGAUGCCCUUGCUGCUGGGAACUUGCUUCAACUCUCAAAGAAUCUCUAGCAAGAUUUGAAUCUGCUGGUGUGAAGCUAAUUGCUAUUGGCAUUGGUGAACCUAAGAAAGCCCAAAUCCUUGCUGAAAGAUUACCAUUUCCAUUAGAGAGCCUCUAUGCAGAUCCCGAGAGAAAGGCGUAUAAUCUUUUGGGUUUAUAUUAUGGAUUUGGAAGGACGUUUUUCAACCCCGCAAGUGCAAAGGUAUUAUCAAAAUCAAGAUUUGAGGCUCUAAAAAAAGCUGUAAAGAAUUACACGAUUGAAGCAACACCAGAUGAUAGAGGAAGUGUCUUGCAACAGGGAGGGAUGUUUGUAUUUAAAGGUAAAGAGUUGUUGUAUGCAUGGAAGGAUGAAGGAACAGGCGAUCAUGCUCCUUUAGAUGACAUCAUCAAUAUAUGCUGUAAAGUACCCGUCGCAUAAAACACACUAAAAACUCUAUUUAUGAAAAUGAAAAGUGAUUGUAUAGUUAAGUAAGUAAUAGUGUAAAUGACAUAAUACGCUUUUGGACUACAUUAAAUUAAGAUCGGAGUAAGUUACACAAAUGGUCCCUAUGGUUUAGGGUAAUUUACACGUUUGGUCCUUAGUAUAUUUUGUUAACUCGGAAAGUUUUUACUGUUUGUUUUUGUUACAUGCUUUGUCUCUACUAUAUGUUUUUGUUACGCGUUUGAUCCCUGUUUUAUCUGAAAAUGUUAUUAUUUAAAUAGAAAAAAAAA